AUGUCAACUCUUAACGAUUACCUUGCUAGCAAAUAUGGAACUUCCACUUCUACUUCGUUGGAAUCUACCAAAAAGAAAAAGAAGAAAAAAAUAACUAAUACUAAUAUUAAAAAUGGUAAAAGAAGUUUCGCGAUUAUCGAUGAAGAAGAAAUGGUUGAAGAAUGGAAAAAAAAAGGAUCCGAAGUUGACGAUGAGGAUAUUGAACCAAUAAACGAUACUUAUGAAAUAGAAAAAGAGCGAUUACAAAAAUGGAAACCGAUUUUUGCAGAAGAAGAACGAGGAGACGAAGCUCCACUAAUUGGAUUAAAUGUUGGUUUACAAACUGCAGAAAAAAUGAAAAAAGAUUUAGAUCGUGUUAAUAGAGAAAAGCGAGAAGAAUUAAAAAGAAUGGAUCCAGCAUUAUCGGGUCGUGAUGCGGCCACUGUAUAUCGUGAUAAAUAUGAUAUAGUAGCGCAACGAGCCGAAGAACGACGUAAAAUUGAGGAAGAAGAAAAAAUGAUGAAAUGGGGUAAAGAAGAUCAAAUUCGUAAAGAAGUAGAACUCCGAAAUCGACCAUUAACAAUAUAUAAAGAUGAUGUAGAUUUAAAUGAAGAAUUAAAAUCAAAAGAACGAUGGAAUGAUCCAGCAACAACGUUUUUAACAAAGGUUAGUGAGAGUCCACCUCCACCACCUAAUCGAUUCGAUAUUCCACCUGGUUAUAGAUGGGAUGGAGUUGAUCGAUCAAAUGGAUUUGAAAAAUCAUAUUUUGAAAAAAUAAAUGCAAGAGCUACAAUGAACAGUCAAGCUUACAGCUGGUCUGUAGAAGAUAUGUAA